GGCUCUCAACACUCAUCCUACCAGAAUCAGUAUAGCGCGUACGCCAGCGGAGCCGAUCAGCAUAGUGUCGAGGUGUACGACGAAGAUGACGCGGUCGAGUACGAUAGCGAUGAGUACGACACCCCCUCGGCAGUCAAACGCCAAAAGAUCUAAUGCCGCAGCAUGCCAUCUCACCGGGUUGCAGUCCCAUUUUCACCCAGCAGACCGCGUAAGCAUUGAAAGAAGAAAAAAACACGAAAACCAAUUGCACAUAAAGGAGAAAAUCAUCAACGUCACCUAAUUGUUACUCAAACACACAAAACAAAAACACUACGUCACCAACACUAACACAUCAAAACAGCAUAAACAGACACACCCACACAAACACAAUUUUAACGUUCUUGAUGGUCUCUUAUCCGCGUUCGUUGUCGGUUUUUGAAACCACCUACAUCUAGAGCAAAUCUGAAUGAAUGCAACAAGCGAAACUUUUCUCCCCUUUUAUCAGUGUAAACACACACACACACACUUACUGUAUGUUACAUACACAGAAGAACCGUGGUUCGCCUCUCGUGAUGUUUUAUCGCUGGAGUAAGUCUUUUACAAACUAUAACAUUAUUGCACACACAUACCCCCACACACAGUUUCCGGUCACGCACAGUGACUGGAAAGACAUCUCUAUCCUGACUGCACAUUCAUCCAUUGUUUCCACGCGAGAGCGAUAGAGAAAAGAAUCAUCUUACAAAAGAAAGUGGUGGUAAGCCGGUUUACCACACACAAACACACGCAUACAUCCCCCACUGAUUGUGUGUGGCGCGCAGACAAGUGAAUCCAAAAUAUUACAAUUUAUAAUCUAUGCUUAGUAUAAAGAAUAAAAAAAAAACAGCAAAAUGGAAAAUCUGAAAAGGAAGUACAUUUAAAAUUCUAGUUAUUAAUGAAUGUGAGCAAGAAAAUCUAUACAAAUUUAAAGGUAAACUAAUUUAAAACUGCAAACAAAACUAAGUAAAUGAGAUAAACAAGUAUUUAGUGUUUAGUAAAAUGUCUCUUUUAUUGAAUAUGAAACAGAAGAAAAAACGCAAAAACAAACACCCAAACACAUACACACACACACGUACCGCAUACAGUGCAUAGGAGGAAACCCGCGAACGGCGCAGAGUGGAUGAUCGGUGAUUCCGUGCAUGGUGUUCCGAUUCAUGCCGGGGAUUGGUCGAAAUCCACUUCUCACCGAAGAAAAUGGUUCUCGGAUGACGGUAACUUCACUAUCAAGAGGCUCCGUAGAAAGCACCGUUUUAGGUUUUAUAACGGUCAUGAAAAACCAAAAAAAAUGGUUUUAUGACUGUUUGAUGAAACUAAACAUGCUUCUAGAGAGCCUCUUGAUCAGGAAGUUGCCGCUUUUUCCACCCUUCGGAAUAAGUUUUCUUCAAUGUUGGUUGCACUUGUGCAUCAAAGAUCAACGUCGAGGCAGGAAAAAAAUAGCAAAAAUUUCGUUAGUAGACGAGGAAAAACAGAUCUAUUCUAGCUGCUAAGGUUGAACGGAGAAAAAGAGAAAUCCACACGAAAUCAAUCAAAUUGAUUAAAACUACACAACUACUAUUACUCAAAAGAAGAAGAUAAAAAUACGAGCGAGCGAGCGUUUAGGUCGAAGCCCACCUUUUACCAUUUAGGGUUUUAUUGAGGGUUUAAUGUAGCACUCAAGACUACGAUUGCGAUCGUUAAACCCGUAAUAAAACCUCAAAUGCUACUUUGGGGAAGGCGUCUGCGCUGCCCUGACAUCCUAUGGAUGUGCCACAGGAUCUAGUUCCGCGGCGCGGUCAUCGGCACGCGUACGCUCGUAAAACAAAAAAAAAGAACGUAUGGACAUGCUGCGCGCUGAUUGCGGGGAAGGUACAUUUAUUGUGUAAUGUGGAGAUAGAGAGAAUUGUAUGAUACAAAUAUAUACAAAGUUCAGCGCGCUUGCAGCAGAGGCGGAGGAUAUAAGUUGGGUUCGUUAUGAACGCAAGGUAUAAACAGAGAGAGAGAGAGAGAGGAGGAACAGUAAAGGUAGACGACAACAAUGCUGUGUAACUUAAUUGUAUUUGUUUAAAUGUAAAUUUAUUAACGAUAUAUAAAAAUGAAGAAAAGAAAUUGG